CGUCCUACGUCAGAAGAAAACAUGACACGUUAGUUUGUACUUCCGGAGUCAUGACCCUUCUGCCAUGUGCAGGUUGGAAAAGUAAUGGUUUUUCCAGUCUAUGGUUUGUCGCUGCUCAGGGACUAGAAGUCUUCGACAAGAGUAGGAACGUGUCAGGUCAGUCGAGAGAAGUAACCAGCAAGUAGCAGGUUAAUAGUCCUGUGUGGGAGCUAGCUAACAGUUAGCGCCAUGGCUCUGUACGUGAAAGCUGCUGAGAUCCUGGAGAAAGCAGAAAAUAAACAGGGCGCUUUAAAAACGCUGGUCUACGACAGUAAAUUUAAGAACAUCAAACAAUUGUUCGCUUUGGUUUUUGAGACCCAGAAGUUUUCCUCCAUCCUACAAGAGAUCAUCGAGUCCACCAAACUACUCAAACAGACAAAGCUAAGUAUUCAUCUGGCUAAAGUGUUAGUUCACGACUUGCUCAUGGGCCGGGGCUUAAAAUGCGGCGGCUCAUGGAAGACCAUGAUGAUGAAACAUCGCUCAAGACUGCAGUCGGUGCUGGCCAGGAUGAAGGUAAAGCAGGGGGUCAGCAAGAAUAUAGACCUGCUCCCGGCUGGCACUGUGGGACCCGCCGGUGUGCGGCUGCCCAGGUAUGUGCGUGUGAACACCCUGAAGACCACUGUGGAUGAUACUGUGGACUACUUAAAGAGGGAUGGCUUCUCCUACCUGGGAAAGGCUUCCAAGCUGGAGGACUUGACCCUGAAGGCGAAAUACUUUGUGAGGGACCUACAUCUGCCAGAGGUGCUGGUCUUUUCCCCUAAAACUGACUUCCAUGACCACUUUCUGUACAAGGCUGGCCACAUCAUUCUUCAAGACAAAGCCAGCUGCCUCCCCGCCUACCUCCUAAACCCUCCACCUGGCAGCCAUCUCAUAGAUGCAUGUGCCGCCCCUGGCAACAAAACCAGCCACCUUGCAGCCAUCAUGAAGAACAAGGGCAGGGUGUUUGCCUUUGAUUUGGAUGCAAAGCGUCUCGCCACCAUGUCGACUCUCCUCCUCCGAGCUGGGGUUACCUGUCAGCAGCUGGCAAAUCAAGACUUCCUGAAAGUGGACCAUGACAGCUCACAGUUCAAAGAUGUAGAAUAUAUCUUGUUGGAUCCAUCAUGCAGCGGCUCAGGUAUGGUGUGUCUCCGGGAUGAUGACUCCACUGCUGGCGAGGAAAAGAAUCAAGCCCGUCUUACCUCCUUGGCCUCCUUCCAGCUGCGGUGCCUGAACCACGCGCUCAAGUUCCCUCGCCUGAAACGCUUAGUGUAUUCCACUUGCUCCAUCCACAGCCAGGAGAACGAGGAGGUCGUAACAGCUUGUCUGCAGCAGAACCCCUGCUUCAGGUUGGUUCCACUGCUGGCUCAGUGGCCUGAAAGAGGCCUUCCCCCACUCAACCAGUGUCUGCGGGCCAGCACCGACAAGACCCGCACACACGGCUUCUUUGUGGCUUUGCUGGAGAAAUACACUGAUGCUGGGAAGACAAAGCAAAAGCCAGAAGUUCAGACAAGUAUCCCAGAGGAAACACCACAAGACCUGUCACAGGGUGAGGAGAGACCUGCUGGCUCAGAAGAAGAGUCUGAAGCUUCAGAGGCCGAUGACAAACCAACACCUGCAGCAGUACAAACUGGCAGUACACCUGGCAAGAAGAAGAAGAGGAAGAAGAAGAAAAAGAAGAAGACAGCAGCACCAGUAGAGUAAUAUGAAAUGUAUAACAGGACUACUGGUAUACUCAGUUCAUUGCAUUCAAAACAAAUGUGUAAUGUAUCCUUAAAGUAAAGAUAAUUUUUUUUACUAA